UCACCUCAAGCUCCAGGCCACCUCGAGUUCAAGUAGACGACGCAGUGGUAAACUACCAGUGUGCUACCUAACACUACCACGUACCACCAUGGUGCAUCAAGCUCAGGGCCUGCUCGUGCAGGAGGUGGCCGCCGACGGGGAGCUGCCGAGCCGCUACGUGCUCAAGGAGCAGCAGGGCCGCCCCGCCGCCGCCACGGCCGCCGCCGCACAGCGUGCCGCUCCAUCCAUCCCCGCCGUGGACGUGAGCCGCCUUGCCGACGCUGACCCCGGCGAGGCCGACAAGCUCCGGUCGGCGCUCGGCUCCUGGGGCCUCUUCGCGGUGACCGGCCACGGCAUGACGGACCCGUUCCUCGACGCGAUCCUCGGCGCGGCGCGGGGGUUCUUCCACCUGCCGACGGAGGCGAAGCAGGAGUACAGCAACGUGGUCGACGCCGACGACGGCGGCCGCAAGUUCCAGCCCGAGGGCUACGGCGUCGACCGCGUCGACACGGACGAGCAGGUCCUCGACUGGUGCGACCGGCUGUACCUCCAGGUCCGUCCGGACGACGCGCGGCAGCUCCGCUUCUGGCCGACCCACCCGCCGGACCUCGCCGAGCUCCUCAAAGAGUUCAGCGUGGAGGGCGAGAAGGUGGCCAAGAUCGCCGUCACGGCCAUGGCCAGGUGCCUGGGCUUCGAGGAUGGGUUCUUCGUGGACAAGGUCGGCGAGCGGAUGCCGUCGUACGCGCGGUUCACCUACUACCCGCCCUGCCCGUGCCCGGACCUCGUGCACGGGCUCAAGCCCCACACCGACAACUCCGUGGUCACCGUGCUCCUCCUCGACGAGCAAGUCGGCGGCCUCCAGGUUCUGAAAGAUGGCAGCUGGGUCGACGUGCCGGUGCUGGGCGGCGGCCGACACCAGCUGCUGGUCGUGGUCGGCGACGAGAUGGAGAUCAUGAGCAACGCGGCGUUCAGGGCGCCGGUACACCGGGUGGUGGCGCCGGGGGAGGAGGCGGAGCGGGUGUCGCUGGCGGUGUUCUACCAGCCGGAGCCGGACAAGGUGCUCGAGCCGUCGCCCGAGCUGGUCGACGGGGAGCGGCCGGCGAUGUACAAGAAGCUCCAGGCCAAGGUCUUCGCCGACGGCUUCUGGGACGCGUUCGCGCUCGGGGAACGCACCAUCGACUUCCUCAAGGUCAAGGUCGACGCCGUCGAUCCGCCGGCGGCGGCCGUUUCCGGCGCUUGAUUGUAUUGAACUAUUGAAGCCUCCCUGAGCGCUCCAUGGAUCCAUAUGUAUGCGAAUUGCACGCACGGAGUGUUGAUUGUAUUUGCAGAUUAUGUGUGUAAUUUACCUGGUGUCCAUGUAUCGAUCGUUCCCAGUUCCAUGGGGGCGGCAUCAAUACUAUCAAUAAUAAAUCAAUCAAUGAGAGUUGCUCUA